AUGCCGGCGAUCUUGCGCAGCGAAGGUUUGCCGCUGGAGCAGCUCGGUUUGCUCAGUGCGCUGGCCUUGCCCUGGCUGUUGAAGUUUCUCUGGGCGCCUUGGGUGGAUCGUUUCGGGGCCCGAAGCGGACACUAUCGGUCGUGGAUUCUGCCGCUCCAGGCGGGUUGUGUGUUGGCGGUGGUGUGGAUCGCCAGUCUCGACCUGGCGUCCGAGGGCAACCAGCUGCUGCUCGCCGGGGCGCUGUUCAUGGUGUUGUCAGCGACCCAGGACAUUGCCUCGGACGGUCUGGCAGUGCGCUUGCUGGCGACCUCGGAGCGCGGUCUCGGCAACGGUAUCCAGGUUGGUGGUUACUACCUGGGGCAGAUUCUCGGUGGUGGAUUGGUGCUGAUCUUGUUCGGUCGUUUCGGCUGGACGACCGCGAUGCUCGUCAUGGCGGCGGUACUUGCUCUGCCGAUGUUGUGGAUGGUGCCGUUGGUGGAGCCGAUGCUGGCGGCCGCUGAACGCCGUGCGGUGGGCUGGCGCGACCUGGGGCGGUUUUUUCGUCGGAGCUCGAUCUUGCCGUGGGUUGCGGUGCUGCUGCUGUGGCGCGCUGGCGAGACCAUGGUGCAAUGGAUGUUCAACCCAAUGCUGGUGGACCUGGGCUACGCGGUCGAGCAGAUCGGCCUGUUGCUCGGGGUCGUGGGCUCUCUAGCGUCAUUGUUCGGAGCCGUGGUCGGUGGUUUGCUGACCGCUCGCUGGGGUCGGCGGCGGGCCUUGCUGAGCUUCGGUUCGCUGCUGGCGUUGGCGCUACUCGCCUACACGGUACCCGGUUUGGGGAUUAGCGGUCUGACGAUGAUCUACACCGUGGUGGCGGCCAGCGCCGCGGCCGGCGGCAUGGCGACGGCCGCGCUCUACACCCGGAUGAUGGACCAUAGCCGGACGGCGACCGCGGCGACCGACUUCACCCUGCAGCAGAGCCUGGCCGCGCUCGGGCCGAUGGUGGCCGCGGCAGGGAGCGGCUUCACCGCGGCAGCGCUGGGCUACGCCGGCCACUUUGCCCUGGCCGCUUCGGUGCAGAUUUCGGUGGUGGCGUUGGCGGCCUGGGCAUUGGCGCGGGCAGUGACCGAAGAGCUGCCGGUGUCGUCGUCUGAACCGUCCCACAGCUGA